AUGGCAUCCAUCACUAGCCCAUCCAAGCAACCACUUUCUGACCGGCCUACAAACACCCAUCUUACCAUGCAGAACACAUCAACCGAGGAUUGCGAGGCAGACUUGAAAGCUGCUACGACGAAAUCCAUGGAAUACCACAGACAAGUGCUCAAGGAGAAGAUGGAAGGUGACUCACAACAAUCUGGUCAUUUCAUCUCCCCAUCAGAUGGAAUCAUGAGUCCAUGCACCAAGAAGCUGAGCAACCUGAAGGGAAAGAAGUUCAAGAAUGCUGGACGGCCACAGAUGCUUUUUGCUAAGGCUCUCGGGAAGAAAUCCUACGAUAAGAUGAGCAGUGAGAAUGCAGUUGACGGUGACGGCACUGGAGAUAGUGGACCUGCCUAA